AUGUCUGGGCAUCACUUUGCUAACCACGUGAGCAUCAACAGAGCUUUAUUCGUCAAGAAUCUAAGCUACAACGUAACUCCCGAGGAGUUGUUCGACCUCUUCGGCAAGUUUGGGCCUAUUCGCCAGGUCCGCCAGGGCAUUGCGUCCAAUACCAAGGGCACUGCUUUCGUUGUCUAUGAAGACGUAAUGGAUGCGAAGCAGGCCUGCGACAAGCUCAACGGCUUCAACUUCCAGAACCGCUACCUUGUCGUUCUAUAUCAUCAGCCCGAGAAGAUGGCCAAGUCAAAAGAGGACCUCGAGGCUCGCAAGGAGAAUUUAGCGCAGCUCAAGAGACAGCACGGCAUCGAUUGA